GCGGCGGCUGUGGCUGUGCGGGGAGCGGCAGGCGCCGCGGUCGGGGCGGGGCGCGCGGCAGCAUGGAGGAGCUGAGCAGCGUGGGCGAGCAGGUCUUCGCCGCCGAGUGCAUCUUGAGCAAGCGGCUCCGCAAGGGCAAGCUGGAGUACCUGGUCAAGUGGCGCGGCUGGUCCUCCAAACACAACAGCUGGGAGCCAGAGGAAAAUAUCCUGGACCCGAGGCUGCUCUUGGCCUUCCAGAAGAAGGAACACGAGAAGGAGGUGCAGAACCGGAAGAGAGGCAAGCGGCCCAGGGGCAGGCCAAGGAAGCACACCGUGAUGUCCUCCUGCAGCCGACACUCCAAGCUCAAGGAGUCUGAUGUCCCUUCCAAAUCCAAAUCCAGCAGCUCUUCCUCUUCCUCCACAUCCUCCUCUUCCUCCUCAGAGGAGGAGGAGGACAGCGACCUAGAUGCCAAGAGGGGCCCACGGGGCCGUGAGACUCACCCAGUGCCUCAAAAGAAGGCCCAGAUCCUGGUAGCCAAGCCCGAACUGAAGGACCCCAUCCGGAAGAAGCGGGGCCGCAAGCCCCUGCCCCCGGAGCAGAAGGCAGCCCGGAGGCCCGUGAGCCUGGCCAAGGUGCUAAAGACAGCCCGGAAGGACCUGGGGGCACCCACAGGCAAGCUGCCCCCUCCACUCAGCGCCCCCGUGGCUGGCCUGGCGGCCCUGAAGGCCCAUGCCAAGGAGGCUUGCAGUGGCCCCAGUGCCAUGGCCACCCCGGAGAAUUUGGCCAGCCUGAUGAAGGGCAUGGCCGGCAGCCCCAGCCGUGGGGGCAUCAGCUGGCAGAGCUCCAUCGUGCACUACAUGAACCGGAUGAGCCAGAGCCAGGCCCAGGCUGCCAGCAGACUGGCCCUCAGGGCCCCAGCGACCGGCAAGUGUAGCCUCGGGCUGGACCUCAAGAUGAGGACGCAGAAGGGGGAGCUGGGGAUAAGCCCCCCAGGAAGCAAAGUCCCAAAGGCCCCGAGUGGAGCUGUGGAGCAGAAAACGGGGAGCACAGGAGGGCCCCCGCACGUGCACAGUGGCAACAAGGUCCUUGCUGGGUGCCUGGGCCCCCAGCCUGCACCCCCCCAGGAGCUAAGCCUUCAGGUCUUGGACUUACAGAGUGUCAAGAAUGGCACAUCAGCAGGGGCCAUGGUCGCCCGCCACACCCCAGCCACCAAGGGCAUUCCUGCCACCAACCCAGCCACUGGGAAGGGUGCCGGGGGCGGCCCCACUGCAGGAAGUGGGACCGGCCUGCCCACCGAUGUCGGCAAGGGUGAGAAGCUGGUCUCCAGGGCGGCCGCCAUGCCCACCCCUGCAGGCAAGAGGGACUGUGGGAAGGGCAGCACAGCCCCCGGGCAGGAGGGCCACCCGACAUCGGGAGAUGGGCGGAAGACAGCCGCGCUCUCUGAGAUGAGUACCGGUGAGGAGAACAGCAGCUCCGACUCGGACCCUGACUCAGCCUCCCUCCCCAGCGCCAGGCAGAACCUCUCCGUGUCCGUCCAGACUAGCCAGGACUGGAAACCCACCCGCAGCCUCAUCGAGCACGUCUUCGUCACCGACGUCACCGCCAACCUCAUCACCGUUACGGUGAAGGAGUCUCCCACCAGUGUGGGCUUCUUCAACCUGAGACAUUACUGACGCCGCCUGGCUGCCCUGGCUCCCCUGCCCUCCUCUGGCCUCUGGCUUUGCUUUGAUAUGUGGCUUGCAUCCCAGAUCCUCUCCAGGGGCCGGUGGCCUCCUUCAGGGGCAGGCUUGGGUGGGAACUCCCCUGGGCCCAGCCUUCCCUGUGACUUUAGCAGGGGAGGCACCAUGAUGCCUUGCUGCCUGGCCUUUACCCUUGUUCCUACCUCUGGGCCUUUGCAUUGCUCCCCAUUUGCCUCAGGAAGUCUCGGUGGCCGCCUGAGGCUCAGUGAAAUGUUCCCAAGCGCAUUCUGUGUUUCUUAAGCCCGACCACGUUCGCUAUUUGAACUGCCUUUGUGGUCUGUGAUGACAGCGGUGGUCAGCUUGCCUCCCCGUCUCCCCUGGGCACGGGUAUUAAGAGGAAGGUUCUUCUCCAGGUCCAGCUUGGCUGUUCUCGCCAGUGGCUGGAAGAGAGGGUUGCUUAAGGCUGGGGGGAGUUAAGGCCUCGGGGGUGCCACUCCUGGGAGGACUCUGCUCAGGGUGUGGGAGGAGCGGGGAAGGGAGCAUGCUGGUCAGAACCUCCCACUCAGAACAACGCCUGAGCCAGCACAGGUAAGGACACUGUUCACCUCCCUGUCUCUGCUCUCACCUCAGACAGCUGAGGGCUUGUGGCCUUAACAUUAGCCAUCAGGCACGGCAGUUGGGAUCAGGAACCCUAGAGAGGUAGGUGUGGGUGUCGUCUCACCCUGACUCAGAUUAACAGCUAUAGCCCCUACAUGUUGACCCAGAGUCCAGCACAGGCAGGGAGGGGGCUGGUCCCAGAGCUGUGCCGCCGGAACCUCCCAAGCUUGGGGGACAGAAGAAGGGUGUCUUUCUGCCACCCGGUGCAAGGACUGCCUUAGUCCUGAUCGUGGCCCGGCAAACUGGGCCAUGUGGGCAGUUGCUGGAAGUAGGCUUCCCUUCUCUCCUGGCUUCCUGCACUUCCCACCUACCUCCCCUGACAAUCCCCCCCAACCCCCGCACCUCUGGGGGUUCCAUGUUCUCUUUCCCAGCUGAGAAGCUGUAUCUCUGUACCAUUUGGGAAGUGGGACAAAUCUGAGUGGUCCACCUGGCAGAGGGUCUCCAGAAAGGCUGGAGCUGCCAGCCCGACUGCCUCCCCCGAGAUGGCUGAGUCCAGAAGCAGUCUUGGCAAUUCCAGCCAACAACAGAAUUGCUGUUACUGACUUGGGGCAGAGAGGUGCAUCAGUCAGUGGAAUCACUGGUCUUUUAUGCCAAAAAGAGAAGUGGGAAUGCAGGGAACUUUAUUUCUGCUUCAAUUACCGGUUAACAUCAGCUAGCAGGUGUAGAGUCUUCUGUUGUUCCCAUAACCCUGAGGGCAGGGGACACAGUGGGCUCUAGUGUCUGAGGGUAGGCCUCCCAGAACUCCAGCUCCCCCAGUCCCUCACCCUCCACGCCAAAUAGGAAGAUACGGCUUUUGUGUAGCCAAAUCAAUUUCAACAGUGUGCCUUUGGGGACGGAUCCACAUCCAAGACCUGGUUGAGGGGUGUCCAGAUGAAGUUUCUGACUCAUAUGUGAUAGCCAUGCUAUCUGCAAUUGGAAUGGUGCCCACUUGGGCAGACCCAAGGGCUGGGGGUCCCAGACAGCCAGGCUAAAACUGGAAAGUGGGCCAUAAAGGAGAAGAAUGCCCUCUCCAUUACCCCAGCAGGAGAUGGAGAGAUGCCAGUGCACUGCCCCAUCUGGAAGAAAGGGGUGCCAGCACACUGGGCCCCUGGCACCGGCCUCACUCCUGUCCCCAGAUGCCCCUGGGUAUGGCUAAAGGGACUUGGGCUGCCUCUCCAUCAGAGGAGCUCAUAACCUUCAAGUUGUGCUGCCUUAGAGGCUGCAGAGCCAGGCCAGCAGCAGCUCUCCCCUUCACACUCAGUGCACCCCUGUUCUGGACUAACCACACAGCUCCAGCCGCCAGGUCUUCAAACCCCGACUGGGUGCCUUUCUGUUUACCAGCUACUUCAAUCCCAAAGUUUGAAUCUGGAAACAUCUACUCCCAGCCACUUUGCCUUCUUGCUGUGUUGCAUGUUUUUUCUUGGUGCUUGUGAGCCCAAGUGGUUCAUGUCUCUGAGUGUGUGUAUACACACGUGCAGGCUUGACAGCCUUCGCUGAAGAGUUAGAUAUGCUCAGAGUUGGUUGUCAUGUUUACCGAUAAAUAAAAGCAGUACUUUUUCAUUUGCUGCUGCUGUGUGUGUGUGUGUGUGUGUGUGAGAGUGAGUGUGUGGCUAGGCAUUGGUCACACAUCUAACUGGUUUCUUUAUCCUGCAGGGAUGCUGAACUGCAUCACAAUGUAUAUUGAGUGAUGUUUUAAUCCUGUUUUGACAGUUUGCUUUCGUAUUGGAUAGGAAGAGUGGCCAGUCUUGUCUUCUAUAGGGGAUUUGGCAUAUUUUUAUAUAUAUAUUUUUCAUACCAAAAAGAGUGUUCCUUGUUUGGGGUUACACUCAAAAAUUCUGACCUGACUAAGAGGGCUCUAGGCCUAAAGGUUUCAUUAGGAGAGAACUUUGGGGGAGGACCAGAGUUUUGGACCAUUGCCAAUCACUGGCUUGAUUUGUGUUUUUUAAUUUUAAAAAAAAAACAAUCAUUCAUGUAUGCCACUUCUAAUUACUUUAAACUAUGGGUGUGUGUUUGCUUUUUAAAAAGAACAAAAGUGGAUAUGUUAUUGCCUUGGGAAACUUAAGAUCUUUGUUGAAACAGCACAGCAGCCCAGCCCCCAUAUUCAGUCGGGACCAACUAGUUGAAAGGAAAAACUUCCCCCAGGAAACUCACAAGUUUGAGGGGGGAAGGGUGGGAGGAGAGAAAGAUAGUGCCUAGAGGACCAGAUCUCUGCUCACAUGCAUCUAAAGAUUCUGUGGAUUUUCUAGUUGUUUUUUUUUUUUUUUUUUGGAAAACUAACACUAGCAAUAGGUUGCUGAUCUUUUUAGAUGGAUGUUAAUUUAUUUUGUAGGGGAGAGUCAUUAGCAGAUGGUGUCAGAGGGUUUUUGUCUUAACUUUUUGUUAACUCUUGGUAUAUCAAUAAAUUCUUAACUUU